AUGCCUCCACAAGUGUUCAACUCCUCCAUUAUUCGAUUAUCUCCCCCAAUAUCAUCAAAACUAAACAACAAAAGAGAACCCAAAAGAAUAUUUAUGAAGAUCACCAAAAUCAAAAUUAUACCCUUUCUAGUUUUCAUCCUUUCCAUCAUCUCAGUCUUCAGAUUCCUCAAAAUCUCCGUGGUCACCACUACUUCUCAUCCUCCUCCUUCUUCUACAACUCUCAAAGACAACCCAUCUGAGAAUUCCAUCCUUACUAACAAAGAACUAAACCUCUUGUCAAAUCUGAUAUCAAACAAAUCUCCAUGCAAUCUCCUCUUCUUCGGUCUAGAACCAGAAUACAUCAACAUGUCAUUAAUCAACAAAGCCGGGAUCAAUUACUUUCUCGAUGAUCACCCUUCAAAGAUGGAAAAACUGAAUACAAGCAGCAUAAAUGCUCUGUUUUAUAAAGUUGAGUACGAGAGGGCUGCAAGAGAAGCGUUCGAGUUACUAAAGUAUGCAAGGGAGAGCCCAGAUUGCAGACCAGGCGGUUGGAACAAGUGCAAAUUGGCAAUGAGAAGGCUUCCAGAAGCGGUUAUGGAGAAGAAUUGGGAUAUUGUGGUGGUUGAUGGGCCAGAUGGGGAUAGAGAAGAUGCUCCGGGUAGAAUGGAAGCAAUUUAUACUGCGGGUUUGAUAGCUAGAUCUGGGAAGAAGGAGAAGGGUCAGUCCACGGAUAUACUCAUUCAUGAUAAGGAUAGGAUGAUUGAGAAGUGGUUUGCUUGGGAAUUUUUGUGUGAUGAUAAUUUAGUUUCAACCAAAGGGAAGUUUUGGCAUUUUAGAAUAAUAGCUCAACAUCAACAUUCAAAUUCCACCAUGUUUUGUUCUUAG